CGCAUGGCUUGUAUCAGCAGUGACAAGAGAACUUUAAGAAGAAAGAAGACAAGCAUAAUGGCGAGAAGCAUGAAGGUGACGAUGAUCCGAGUGGCUAUUCUCGCUUUAUCGUUGUUUUCUUUCUCAGAAACCGUAGCAUCCCAGCAAGUGCUCGUUGUCGGAGGCAGAUUGGGGUGGACGAUUCCUCCGGCAGGCCCUGCACCCUAUGAUGCUUGGGCCGCCUCGCACAUCUUCAUUGUAGGAGACAUCCUCGUGUUCAACUUCACGAACGGGGACCAAGACGUGGCACGAGUGACUAGAGAGGCGUUCUUGAGAUGCAACACGACCAACCCCAUCGAAGUGAAGAAGACGAACCCUGCGAAUUUCACGUUGAACAGUACGGGAGAUUUCUACUUCACGAGCACAUUAGACAGGCACUGCGAGUCAGGUCAAAAGCUAGCAGUACACGUGUUAGCUUCUGGACCAUCGCCGAGCUCCCAGCCCAAACCCCGAGGACCACGAAACUUCACCGUCGGCGGCGACUUGGGAUGGAUCGUUCCUCCAGGUGGUGAAAUUGUCUACAAAUCUUGGGCUCGCACUAAAACUUUCAGAAUCGGAGACGCCCUUGAGUUCUUGUUCAUCAAUGGAACCCAAGAUGUUGCAGAGGUGAGGAAGGAAGAUUAUGAGAAAUGUCAGACAAAUAGCAGCAUAGCAGUUUACUCGAGUAGUCCGGUGAGGAUCGUGUUGAACACAACGGGGGAGCAUUUCUACACGAGCACAUACCUUGAUCACUGUGCCUUGGGACAGAAGCUAGCCAUUAACGUCACUUCCAAUACUUCUUCUUCUUCUUCCUCCUCCUCUGGGUCUGCUUUCUCUCCUGAAGGUGCUAUGCCUCCGUCUACCCCAGGAAGCUCAGCCACUAGGGUUGUCUCCGCAUAUAUGCCAGCCUUCGUAGUCAUUGCCUUGGCUUUCUUCCACUUUUGAUAUUGAUUGGUGAUACCACAGAAUUACAGAUUAUUUGACACGUGGAGGUUUCUUUUUGUUUUCUGCGUUUAUAUCAGGUGAGAUCACAUGUGUAUACUAUAUAGUUGUUGCAUUUACUUACAGUGAGAUUUUAGAUCCAUUCAUUGGAUUCAUCAUUUGAUUAUAAUUUAUUGUUACUAUGAUGUGUGUUUGGAUUUUGAAUAGGCCAGAUUGGCUACUCCUCCUUAUCUUAGAUGUAAUAAAUCCUGUGAUUCUACAUAUUAUAGAUAACAGAGUUAAUUUUUUCAUUGUA